AUGACUUUUAAUGAAAAAUAUCCCCAACUUGAAAGGACGCUUGAUACAUUGGAUUUUAAAGCCUUGGGUCCCAACUCUUUUAGACUCGUGAAGCAAUCAAGAAAGUCUACCAAAGUUUCUUAUCAAGAAUUAAAGGAAUCAAGAGGAUCAAGAAAAGAAUUGACAGAAAAUGAUUUUGAAGACUUUAUUCAGCAAAGUAUCUCAAAGCCAAAGAAGGAUGCAGUUAUUAGACCACUGGUUGUGACUGAAAGGGAAUGUGACACAACAGUACAGUCUUCCAUUCUGACACCUGAACAGAUGGAUGCUCUCAUAGCAGAACUUCAGUGA